CGCUCCCUGGGCCAGUGUGAAGCCGAGUGGUGGGAGGGAGGCUACGACGCUCCGUUUUGUUGGAUUACCAGCAAAAGGAGACGAUUUGAGGAAUAUUUGUCAUUAUUCGUGGAGAUUCGCCCGUGGGAGGAAGCCAGAGGGAAGAACUUUACUUAAAAAUCACCCAGGAAAAGGAAACGGCAAUUCUUUGGGGGUAUUUUUAUCAAUAUCUCCGGUUUGGAUUGCGUUUUUGAAGGGAUACCGAUAAAAUUUUUUGGCCUGUUACCGGCGGAGCAUUGAGGACAGUGCAAGAUGUCGGCGAUCAAGUACCUGGGAGGACUGAAGGCGUACCUGGCCCGGGGGGAAUGUGUCAACGAGAGCUCUAUCUUCCGCCUGCACUACCAAUUCACGGUGGUAGUAUUGAUCGGAGCCUCUGUCCUGCUCACUGCCGCUGAGUUCUUUGGUAACCCCAUAGACUGCAUCACCGGCCUCAGCCAGGGCAAUGUCAUCAACACCUACUGCUGGAUACACUCGACGUUCACUAUACAGGAUUACUACUUACGAGAGAGUGGGAUGAUCGGGGCCCAGCCUGGUGUGGGGCCGCCUGCAGCCUACGAUGAGGAGGAGAUGGAGGCCAAGUGGCGCUUCCACAACUAUUACCAGUGGGUCGUUUUCUUCCUGUUCUUCCAGGCGGCUCUUUGCUACGCGCCAAAGUUUGUCUGGAACAACUGUGAAGGCGGCCUCAUGCGCACCAUCGGGGAUGGCCUCAACCCCGGCCUGCACAAGGAGGAAGAGGUGUCAUCUCGCAAGAAGGUCAUCAUUGACUACAUUGUGAAGCACAUUCGGAUGCACAAUGGCUACGUAUUCAAGUACUGGUUCUGUGAGCUUCUGUGUUUCAUCAACAUAGUCGGCCAGCUCUUCCUCAUCGACGCUUUCCUGGGAGGAGAGUUCCUCACAUAUGGUCCCAGGGUUGUGGAGUACUCGGAGAUGGAUCAGACGGAACGUGUUGAUCCCAUGAUCUUUGUGUUCCCUCGCAUGACCAAGUGCUACUUUCACAAGUUUGGUCCUUCAGGCACUCUGGAGCGCCACGACGCCUUCUGUCUGCUGCCCCUCAACAUCCUCAACGAGAAGGUGUUCAUCACAGUUUGGUUCUGGUAUGUGAUCCUGGCCAUCCUGCUGGGAGGUCUGCUCUUGUACCGCAUUGCUCUCUUCACACUCCCCGGCCUGCGUCCCCGGGCCAUGCACAAACACAACAAGGCCGUGCCGAUUGAGACUGUGGAAGCCAUCACCAACAAGACCUCCAUCGGUGACUGGUGGAUUUUGUACGUCCUGUCAACAAACAUCGACCCUCUCAUCUAUCGGGACAUCAUGGUGAAACUUUCCAAGGAGAUCGAGACCGCCAACAGCAACAGUCCCUACAACAAUGCGGGGCUGUAUUCCUCCUCCUCUGUAUGAAUGCUGGAGGACAUGGACUGAGACCUGUUACCUCCCAGCUGAAGGUGUAAUGACUAUAAAUGAACAGAAAGGUGACAAUGUUAUGCUUUGCCCACAAGGUUUAGGCAAGUCUCUUCAAGAAAAGCAAAGGAGACUGACACAUUUUGGUGCUACGUAUUUUUUUCCCAAUUUGUUUUUGAUGAGGGUAAAGGCCUGGAGUGGGUGCUGCUCAGAGUUGGUGAGGGUUUCUGUAUGUGGCUUGACAGCAAGUGUUCUCACACAUGUUCAUUGCCAUAUUAGUCUUACGUGCAUUUUUUAUCUCAUCAGUUUUAAUGAAAUACUUGCUGGAUGUAAUGACUGCUUUUAUAUUUAGUAGUGGUCCACAACCAUUUAGGCAAAACACUAAUUAGAUACAUUUAAUGUACACAAAAUAAGCUUUUCCGUUUUGUAGUUAUGGACACUGUACAAACGUCCUGACUUGUCAGGAAAUUAUUACUCAUUGAACUUCAGAAAUGUGGCCAGUGGCAUAGUAUGACAUUUUGUAUAAAUUAUUUUCCCAUUUUACUGUGUAGUGGAAUGUGCUGUGAUUGGUCUGGUGUAGACUGGCAGUGUUAAUGGGAUGUGAUGGCAACUAGCCUUUCCCUUCAGCUGAGCCCUGAAGACCUUAGUGUUUGUGGAGUGUUGCAAGGCUGCUCCUUGUGUCUGAGCUGCUGUGUUAGGGUGACAGCCAUCAGUUCAUGUCUCAGAAAGUUUAUACUCUAGCUCGUAGAUGACGUUUGAUUCCUUCUUUUCUCGAGGUGAUCCUGCUUACGACUUAUUUUCACAUCCAUUAUUUUCAUGGGAAUGUUAGUUUUGAAGAUAUUUAUUAAAGUUUUGCAAAGGAAAGCUUUAUAAGCUUUUAUUGAUUUAGUUUUGACAUUUGGUAUUGAGUGGUCUUUAUUCCUACAAGUUGUAUUGUGUAACUAAUGUAGUGACAAAAUGAUGCAAUUAUUUUUUUAUUUGAUUAUAUUUCUUUUGACAUGGUUUUGUAAAGCAAUAUUAUGUUGGCAUGUAAUAUAAAAUUCAUUAUAUUAGCUCAGAUAAUCAUUGUGAGUGAUGCAAUAAUACAAGUAUUUAUGUGCCUUUCCCAUAAGAAGAGAGCAUUUUGAAGUAGCCUCUCAAGUCUUUCCAUUACUCUUUAACAAUGCUGCUGCUCUCUACACUGUCACGUUACCGUCUUGUGACGGUGAACGACUGUGUUCUGUAUCUGUAUGGAAGGUUUUAUUUUAGUACACAAUAUGGUACAUGCACUAGCCUUAUGACUGUUGCCAGAUGUAAGUCUCCAUGGAACAAUGGUGACAUGGAAUGAUUUGCGAUGUGCUGCAUGUGACUAUGAUGCUAUUUAACUGUUUGAAUAAUAUGCCUUAUAAGUGCCAAUGAGUAAGUGCUACUCUUGGAACUGUUGGAUGGUCCUAAACUUGUAUUACAAAAGUUUGUUGCUUUUGUUGAGUGGCAGUGUGUCAGCGCUUCACCAAGCACUGAGGUUAAGUGUAAUGUGUAGUUGUGUAUUUUAUAGCUAAAGUAAAUAAGAUUUUUUAUA